UGGUUGUCCAUACCAUGUUGUUCUUUACUCAUAUAUGGUGUGUGCAGAUGAGCUUUUACCAGCAUGUUUCACUUAUAUUACUGCUGUUUAAAUUCUGACUUUAUGUAGUGGAAACUUGUUCCUGUUUAGUUGCAAAAAAUUGGUAACAGCAAGGAAGCAAAUGUCGAUUCUUGAGGCUCCAAAUGUUCUUGUAAUUCAAUUAAAGAGGUUUGAGGGUACAUUUGGUUCAAAGAUUGAUAAGCCCAUUGCAUUUGGUGAGGUAUUGGUGCUGUCAAGUUACAUGUUCAAAGGAAGCAAGGAUCAACAACCGGAAUAUAACCUCUUUGGUACUAUUGUACAUUCAGGCUUCUCUCCUGAUUCUGGGCACUACUAUGCAUAUAUCAAGGAUGCGAUUGGCCGCUGGUACUGCUGCAAUGAUACUUAUGUUUCAGUCUCAACCCUGCAGGAGGUUUUAUCAGAGAAAGUGUACAUACUUUUCUUCUCCCGUGCAAAACAGAGACCCCACACUCGGGUUGAUGCAGUGGUUAAUGGAUCUAAGACACACGAGUCAAAUGGCAAUAAGAUAUCAACAAUGCCAAAAUCUGGUUCUAUAGAUAAAGUUUCCAAUCAUCUGCAAGAGACCAAUAAGUCAACUGGCAGUAGAUCGCUUAUCAAGAAGUCAGGUUGUGCAGAAAAACCAUUUAGCAUGAAAAUUUCUGCCAACCGUUCUGGGACUAACAGGUCAAAUAAUAUCAUUGCGACCAAUGGCACUAAAACACAUACAUGCCAAAGGACUGGUCAUGUGGAGACCCCUGCUAAUGCGGGAGAUCUUUCUGAUAACCAACCUGGGACGUGUAAAACCUCUGGUUCUUGUGUAAGACAAGUAGAUGCUCAAGAGUCUUCAACCCACCAUAGUCAGACAAGUGAUUCAGUUAAGUCUAAGAUUGAUCAUGAGCGCCCUAGUCAGCAGAGAACAUUUAAUGACUCUGGGAGUACCAGCAAGGUUCUUGUCCCUGGAAAUAUUAGGAUUGCCGUUCAAAAGAAAGAGUCACCAGAUGAAAAAGACAGAACUGGCCUUAGUGGGCUGAUGAGUGACACUAAGUGUAUGGGAAAAGCGUCAGCUGAUAUUCAGAGAACAGGGAAAGGGCUAUCUUGUUUGCCUGAAGUGGAUGGGUCUGCUCACAUGACGGACUCACAAAAGACUAUUAACUACCAAGGCCCACUCAGUGGAAAUAUUGGGGCCUCUAACAACUCAUGUGUAAAGAGGAAGAUUAAGGAUGGUUGUCCGUGCAUCUUUUUUGCCAAAGAUGACCAAUCUCGUGCAAGGGUUGAAACAUUCAAGGAAUCGAUUGAAAAUGAAGCUUCCAUGAUCCUACGUUCAUGUGGAUGGUCCGAGGAAGUGCAUAGCUUCAUGCAUGCAGCAAAAAAGUCGUGUCAGGAAACAGGGAAUUCUGCACUGAAUGACCAUGAGAGGAAGAGCUUACUCAUUGCACAAGCGAAGAGAGCUUUUCUUUCCAAGGUUCCCGAAUCACUGAAAGCAAAAUUAGUUGAGCGUCUCAAGUUGUUUAGCCAAGAGACACAACUAUCCGACACUUAACCGAGCAAGACAUGUUUUAACGAGAGUGUGAUCUGUUCCCAUUCGAUCAAUAUGCUUGUAAAUAUUUCGCGGAUGCAAACUUAGAUAACCUGGUUGCCGAGUUAGGUAAGUCUUGAUGAGACGGCGCAGCUGCACCGUUGGUGCAGAGAGAGAGAGAGAGGGCAUUGGAGAAGGCACACAAUACAAUCUUUGUACAAUAUUCUUUUUGCCAUUACCAGUUUUGAAUACAUAUAAAUGCAAUGAAGAAGCAAAGUUUGAGGUA